CGCAGGAGUGGAGCGGGUGCUUGUGCAACCUUUUUCGCAUAUAUAGGCCGUCAGUUCUACUUACUUGUCGGACUAUUCAAUACAACCAGGAACAUACUUUAUAACUAAGAGGAGAACGAAAUGCUUUCCAACUGUUAAAGUACUUGUCCUCUGUCCUCUAGACACAUUACAUUAAAAAAAAAAAAAAACGCACUUCGGGCUCUAAUAAACUGGAAGCAGCGCUUUGGGAAUUAUGUUCACCGUCGUUUUGUGGAGACGCUAACAUUUAAAUAUAGCUGCGGAAUAAUGAGGGUGAACAUUAAAAGUGUAUAGCAGCCCAUCACCAUGGAUAAUGGACGGAAAAAGAAGCUGACGUUUUUUACCAUUGGACUCAUCUUUCUGUUGAGCGGCGUGGAAUAUGCUGUGAUACUCCCCACUAUAUGGAAGUAUUUGCAAACAUUAGAGGCACCAUCGUACUUCCUGGGUUUGACCCUAUCAGCCUUCAGCCUUAGCGGUCUCCUUUCGGGACCACUGUUUGGCCACUGGUCUGACAGAACGCGAACCAGCAAAAAGAUUAUUUUGUUUGCCAACCUUUUUGAGAUUGUGGGUAACUUAAUGUACUUUAUGGGCUUUUCCAAGUGGUUCCUACUGUCAAGCAGACUCGUGGCAGGCAUUGGCACAGGUGCUGGCUCGUCCAUCUUCGGUUUCCUCACCAGAAGCACAGCCCCAGAAGAUCGCUCCACUGUGUUUGCCGCUGUCAUGGUGUGUCGACAAGUGGGCCUUCUGAUUGGUCCAGCAUUUAACAUCUUCCUGAGACUGUGUGAUUUCCAUCUGGGUCCUUUUGUGGUCAAUACAUACACUGCACCAGGGUUAUUCAUGUGUUUAUUGUGGAUUCUUCUUCAAUUGGCUGUGGUCUUCAUGUACUGGGAUCUCCCACCACUGGAAAGAGGGAAGGACACUCUUAAAAAGCGCAGUGAGAUGGGAAAUGAAAAAAGGAUAGAGGAAGAGGAAGCUGAGGAUGAGGAUGAUGAGGAAGUAAAGCCACUGAUGCGAUCUCAGGAGCUGGUGGGCUCCUACGGCUCUGUGGUCACCGCAGACUCUCAUAAGAAUCACACUACUGCAACUUCUGAUGCAACCUUGAAUCAAAUUGCCCCAUCUCCUGAGCCAUCAGUGUCCCGUGAGUCCUCCAGUCCCUUUAAGAACUUCAGUCUCUCACGAGAGUUCCUGAGAGAAGAAGUGGUUGUUCUGCUGGCUGCUCAAUUUAUCACCCUCUUUAAUCAAACAGCACUGGAGACCAUGGUGACACCACUGACCCAAAAGUAUUUCAACUACGGGGAAUUGGAGAACAGCCUCAUGUACUGUCUCUGCGGCGUGGAAGUGAUUACUGGCUUCCUAUUCGUGCGCUGGCUGAGCCGGCGUGUUGCUGAGCGAGUAAUUCUGGCUGUUGGCCUUAGCAUUUGCAACAUUUCCUGUGUGUGGUGCCUUAUCUUCCUGGCUAACCCGCUGGGUGGUUUCCCAUGGCGGCUGACAGAGUUUGUCAUAGGCGUCUUUCUGCAGGUUCUGGGUCUGCCGUUUGUAGCUGUUGCCCAGGUUUCCCUCUUCUCCAAAGUUACCUCUGAAAAAACACAAGGUUUUAGUCAGGGGGUGCGUCGCUCAGUUGGAGGUCUAGCGACCAUUCUGGGCCCUCUGUGGGCUGGUGGCCUCACUGACAACAUGUAUAUCAUGAUGGGUGUGAUGAUGGCACUGCUGGCACUCCUAACGAUGAUUCUUGCCUUCUCUUACAAGCGGCUGGUUGAACCUUCUCAAGAGGAAGAAGCAGAAAGCGGCGAUCUCUGUUAAUUUAGCUGCAAAAUGGGAGGUUCUGUUUUGAACCACAAGAUUCCUUGACGGUUCCAUUACCCCUGCCUCGUACCACAGGGCCCGGUCCUUCAACAUUUUUGCACACAAAUGAAGAUAAAAGGACUUAUUUGGUGAAUAUGUACAUUUCCCAUGGAAAUUUGGAGGCCAACUGACAUUGUGUCCAACUGUCAUCUUGUGUGCUCCAGCACUAACAAUAUUUAUUUCCUGAUUUAAAUUAUGGGUUGAAAUUAUAUAUAAUAGUUAUAUGUACAGUAUAUAACAUGUACUGUAUAUAUACCUGACGUAUUAACUGGUCAAUAUAGGAAUAGCAUAAACUACUGUCUUGCUUUCAAGGUGGCAUAACAACAACAACAACAAAAGGUUCUGGUUAUAAUGUAGUACCUAUACUAGCCACUAGUGGGCACACUUGGACUUCUAAAGUGGAUGACAAUUGAACUUCAUGCCUGCGAGUGUAAUGUUUUUUUUUUUGGGGGGUGGGGGGGAGCAAACGGUUGCAUGUUCAGUUAAACGUAUUAGUGUAUUCAGUUAAUUGCCAAAGUAAACAAUUUUAAUAAUUUCAAUAAGUCCAACAAAAUCUAAAAAUAUCAAAAGCAGAGAAAUUCAAUUGUUUUUAGCCAAAAUGUAUUUUUCUGAAUAGUCCUUUAUGAAUGUUGAUGAAACUUUCAGUGCUUUCGUUUUAUGUGUAGCUACCAAUUUUGAUAUAACUAACCUUGAUUGCUCUAAAUGUUUUUCAUUAAAACAUAAUGCUAUAAAUCAUUAAACUGUACAUGUUAACUUUGUGUAUCCUUAUUUUUAAGUUGCAUUUCAAUUAAAUCGUUUGAUUAUUAAUACGGAACAUAGAAGACACAUUGCUAUAACAAAUUAUGGAAAAAAACUGGGGGAAAAAUAUGCAGUCUGAAGUAAAUUAACUGUCAUAGAUUUUCUAAUGCAUACUUUUUCUUAAUCUGUAUUCUCUAAUUUGGUUCAGAAUUUACAAGAAAAAUGUGAGAAAUAUAUUACAGAAAUUUUUUAUUAAUGAGAAAACCCUUGCUGAUAUGAUUUGAAUAUAUCUUCUAAUUCUAAAAUUAUAUGUUCAAUUUCAUCAUUUAUACUGUAUUUUUUAAAAUGAAUACAUUUCCUGGUUAUACACAUAAAAUGUAAAUAUAGGCACGCACGCACACACACACACACACACACACACACAGGUGAAGUAGCUGUUAAUGAACCCUAAAAAAGGAUUUUGGUACUCAUCAAUGCUGUUAACUUAGGGCAACUGUGGCACAAACCUUUCAUUGUGCAGCAGUCUAACACAUUAAUAUUUACACAUGCAAUUAUUGUUUUAUCAAA